AUGGGCAGCGUGAUUGCGGGUAUCGCAUUUGCAAAGGCUCCUGACUGGAUCGGUCGAAAAUGGGCUCUGUUUGUCGGUGCGGUCGUCACGAUCGUGGGUGUCGUCCUCCAGACUGCCGCCCAGAACAACGCCAUGUUCGUCAUUGCGAGGAUCAUCAUUGGGUUUGGAACCGGUGCCUCGUCCAUCGCUGCUCCGGUGUACCUGUCUGAGACGGUACCGGACAAGCUCCGAGCCCUGUCGCUGGUUCUGCUUUACGAUUCCUGGUAUGUCGGUGAUUUGAUCGCUGCGGGUAUCACUUACGGCAGUGCAAAGAUGGACUCGACGCGCGCCUGGCGCCUCCCAUCAGCGCUCCUGGGACUGUUCAGCCUUCUAUGCAUCAUCCUCAUUCCGUUCCCACCCGAGUCUCCUCGAUGGCUCCAGAACCAGGGACGCAGCCAGGAGGCUCUAUUGGCGUUGGCCCGGACACAUUCGAAUGGCAGCAUUGACGAUCCUGCUGUGACGGUCCAGUUCCGGCAGAUCACCGACACGCUGGCGUUCGAGAACUCAUCCACGCCCCAUCGCAUCUUCCUGGUCUGCACGGUGGCGGUGUUCGCCAUGCUUUCCGGCAACAAUAUCAUCUCGUACUACUUCGGCACCAUGUUGACGCAGGCCGGGGCCACCGACCCGACCACGCAGCUGGAGAUCAACAUCAUCCUGAGUGCUUGGUGUCUGGUCAUCCCUUUGGUGGGGACUGCCAUGGCCGACAAGCUCGGCCUGAAAUCCCGUGCCGCUGCCUCUACGGGAUUGCUGACCAUCUUAAUCUUCCUGGUCGGCGCCUUGACCAAGCUGUACGGGGUUUCCGACCACAGCUCGGGCAUCUACGGCACGGUCGCCGCAAUCUUCCUAUUCCAGGGAGCCUAUAGCUUUGGCUGGACACCGCUCACGGUGCUGUACCCACCCGAGGUGCUCAACAUCGGCAUCCGCUCGCUCGGCAUGGGGAUCUAUACGUUUCUCGUCAAGGGCGUCGGCCUGCUGGUCACCUUCGCCUUCCCUUUUGCGCUGGAGGCCAUUGGGUGGAAGACGUACAUGAUCAACGGCGCGUGGGACGUGGUGGAGUUAGUCGUCGUGCUGGUCUUCUCGAUGGAGAUCCGUGGACGGACCCUCGAGGAGAUCGACGAGAACCUCGAUGGCGAAGUCCAUUCCGCGGCGCCACCAUUGCAGGCCAUCCUGGACGUUGCGCCGGAGGAGAGAGCCGAGGUUGUCGGUGCACUCGAAUUGAGGAAGGACAAGGACUUUGUGGUCCGAGAGGUCAUGGAGGAGUAG